AUGUCUGCAGCUCCAGUAUCCCGAGCCGUUCUCCGCCAGAGCCGACUUGUCUUGCGCCGAAAUGCUUUCCGACAAGCUUCUACUACAUCAGAGGCGGCCUCGAAAGCCCAAGAAACCGGCAAGCAAGCUGUAUCAAAAGCCUCAGAAGGUCUCAGCCGAGUUCAGAGCUCUGCUAGCUCAGCCAUCACCAAAGUUGGAUCUUCGGCGUACAAAGCCGUGAGCAAGAUUGGCGGAAGAACAGGACGAGUGAUUUCUUUUGUUGAAUCAUUAAUACCACCAACUGUGUACUACUCUCGCGUCGGAUUGGAGCUCGCAAGAAUUGUUUUCAAGGGUCAAAACAUGGCCCCUCCAUCCUCAGCGCAGUGGCAGUCAUACUUCCAGCCUUUGGCCAAUGUCUUCCGCAACCCUCGAACGAUCGGCUCCAGCUUGAGCUCGUUGUCCAACACCGCCAGCCCCGAAUCCUUCCUCGGCAGCAUCCGCAACGUGAACUCUCAACAACUAGCCACGGCUGGUAUAGUCUUCGCUCAAGUAUUGGGUUUCUUCACCGUGGGUGAAAUGAUCGGAAGAUUUAAGGUUGUCGGUUAUCACGGCGAGGCUCACCACGAACACUAG